UUUUUCUUUCAGUGUAAUGUUCAACGAGUAUUCCUGAUUCCUGAGUCCCUCCGACUUCUUCUUGUAAGAUCAUAGAUGCAGCAGCAGCAAACAGUUUAACAUAAAGCAGCUGUGGGUUUGGGUUUGGGUUUGGUCUUCUUCUCCUAACUCCUAAAAAGUCAAGUGUAUAAUUCUUCUCUCAAAGUCCGUCCAGCACUAGCAAGCAAGCCGCCAUCAUCAUCCUCAACUCAACUGAAUCCAGAGACAGGUUAAACUCGCUUAAAAAGUACCCUCUCCACCACAACCACCGGCCUUCCAGGCGUCCACCGCCCACGCCUCCGCCUGUUAUUCUUUUUGUUGAUUUCCAUAUUAAAAGUAGCCGGGCUGCUGUACUACUAGAAGUAAUAAGGGAUGAAGUUGGAUGUGGACGUGUUGAGGUACCUAUCCAAGGAUGAUUUCAGGGUUCUCACCGCCGUCGAAAUGGGAAUGCGCAAUCACGAGAUUGUUCCCUCAGAGCUCAUUGACAGAAUCGCCUCCCUCAAGCACGGAGGUACUUAUAAGGUCUUGAAGAAUUUGCUCAAGCACAAGCUCUUGCACCAUGACUCCUCCAAAUAUGAUGGCUUUCGACUCACUUACCUCGGUUAUGAUUUCCUCGCUAUCAAAACCUUGGUUAAUCGGGGAGUUUUCACUGCCAUUGGUCGUCAAAUUGGUGUCGGCAAAGAGUCUGAUAUUUUUGAGGUGGCCAAGGAAGAUGGCACCGUCCUUGCAAUGAAGCUGCACAGACUUGGUAGAGUAUCUUUUAGAGCUGUCAAGUCUAAGCGUGAUUAUUUGAAGCAUCGCAGUAGUUAUAAUUGGCUCUAUUUGUCGCGCCUUGCUGCUCUCAAGGAAUUUGCCUUCAUGAAGGCUUUGGAAGAACAUGGCUUUCCUGUUCCACUUGCAGUAGAUAGCAACAGACACUGUGUUGUUAUGUCACUCAUCCAAGGAUACCCACUUGUACAGGUUAAGGAACUGCAGAACCCAGAUACGGUUUUUGACACGAUUAUUGGCCUUGUUGUUCGUCUUGCUGAGCAUGGGCUUAUUCACUGCGAUUUUAACGAAUUCAACAUCAUGAUUGAUGAUGAUGAAAAGGUGACAAUGAUUGAUUUCCCACAAAUGGUGUCAGUCUCUCAUCACAAUGCUCAGAUGUACUUUGAUCGUGAUGUAGAAUGUAUCUUCAAGUUUUUCAGUAAGAGGUUCAACCUGUCUUUCGAGGAAAAUGCUGGUCAUUCGGAUGAUUCCAAGGUAGACUCAGAGGAAGUUGGCAGGCCUAGCUUUGCUGAUAUUAAGAAAGUUACUGGUUUCUUAGACAAGGAACUUUCUGCAAGUGGCUUCACUAGAAAGGAUCAGGAUGAUAUUGAACGGUUUACAGGAGAUGAUGUUGAGAAGGAUCUGGAUUCUGAUGACACAGAAAGUGCAGAUGAGCACAUUGAGAAAGAUGAAGGACACUUUGAGGAGGAAGGUAAUCCAGUUGAACAGGGUGAGACUUCUAAGGAAGAUACAGAAAUGAAACAGGAUGUUGUUUCUGAAAAUGAGGGACUGAAUGAUCUUGGAACUGUUCCUGAGGAGGACAGGCAAACUGAGCAUGAGAAUGAGCCUGAACUGACAAAACGUCUCAAUAAGCAGAGAAGGCGGGCCAUUCAAGCAGUGCAAGGGGGAAGAAAGAAUUUUACAUCAAGAAAUUCUUACAAAGAUAAGGGAGGUCGGUCCUCUCACAAUUCUAAGAUUCAAAAGCAAUUGGGCAACUGGUAAAGUUUGCACAAGACUCGUCCAAGAAGUCCUUGUAAAGAUGAAGAUGGAAUUGCUUUUGACGGUGGCUGGAUUCAAUCGAGUCCUGAGAUGAGAACCUCUUCCCGUGGAGUAUUUCCCGAGAAUUGAAGGCUAAGAAGAGCUAGGAGUAGUGUUAAUGCUGCCCAGUAAUUUAUUCGUUCUAGUUUUGAGUUAGAUUGUUUGGUAUCUGCCUGCCAUGUUUAAAUUCACCGUCCGAUGGUAAAACAAGUAUUUUUGGCCCAUAGAUUGUUACAGUUUUACACAUUUGAAAUAAAGAGAACUAUUAUCAUCUAGAAAUACAAAUUUGAGGGAAUGGUUCCAAAA